AUGGACGGGAUUUAUCCGGGCUUCACCGUCAGGACCUGCUUCAGCUUUUUAGUCCUGGUUCUGCUUCAGACGUCCACUGAGGCCCAGAGUGAGUACUGAGAUCUGCCGGUCCUCUCGAGGUUGUUUGUCGAGGCGCUCUUCAUGAGUUUGAUGAUCUACCUGAGAUUAAACAUUAGUCAAGCGGUCUCUUCUGGGUUUGACGCUCCUGUGUGGUCGAAGCGGUCUUUGCUCAUCUUGUCCUCUUCAUGCUUAAAUAACAUCUUCUGACAAAAAUCUCAUCCUGCUGAUUUUUGACUGUCUAAUAUAACACUGAUCGUGAGUAUUUUACACGGUUAUUGCAAAAACGAGCCUCUUCUUAACUGACAUGUGACAGCCUAAACCCUCUACCCUCAAUUUUCAGGCAUUAAAAAUCACAAAAUAAAGAUUUUCAAUCUUAUCCCUGAUCAUCUUGUUUGCUUUUGAAUCUCAUAAGAAAGCAUCAGCAUGAGUUUUAGCUCAUUUACUUAAUGUUUAAAGAUUACUCACUGGAGCUGUAACACCAAAAUAACCUCUUCUUUUUAUAACUAGCUUUCUUUCUCAACACUUGGUUUGAUUUUUAACAGCGCUUUAUAAUUCGUCAUCAAACGAGUCACACCGUAAACGACCGAGUUUUCGGCUCUACCUGUUUUUUACAGCAUAAUGACACUCCCAUGGUCUGCGGUUAUGUUACCUAAUCAGAGUAGAGUGUGUUGGCUGCUGACAGAGAAGACUGAGCGGCAAUAACAAACCCUGUACACAUCACUGCACCCAGAAGGGAAUUUAGUGCUUGACAUUAUGCAAAACUGAGAUGCAAAAAUUCCCAAUAUACAAGCUAUUCACUGAUAACGCUGCAAAGCAUGUACAGUAUGUGUUGACCAUAGGCUGUAUGUAGAAUAGACGCCGUCUGUCUCCUCGCUGGGUGAAGCCAGGGUUAGAACAGCACCCUCUGGUGACAGGCUGCAGUAUAGGUCAUAAAUCCAGCAAAGUUUAUGGAGCUGUGGACAAACUUUAGAAAUUUAAUCACACAGAAUAUAUAAAUGUUUCUCCCCCCUGGUUGUGAUGUUGACAUGUAGUUACUGUCAGACUGGUUUGUGCUCAAGUCCUCAAGAUUGCGUAUUUCACUCGGGGGAUACGGCGGAGAUACACCAAGUUGUCCAAAGUAAAUACAGUCUAUGGUGCUGACCCUGCAGGAAGUGCAACAACAAAUGAGCUCUCUGAUAGUGAGGGGAAAAGUCUGAGUCUGUGUAACGCUGUAGUCUCGUUUGUGUGCCGGUUCCUCCAGUGUUUUAAUCCUUUAUGGCUAACAGGUGACUGUUACACUCCUGUGGAUGAAGACAGGGUCAAUUUCUACCUCAUGUUGCCAUAGAUGUUUCUAACAAACCAAACAGCUUGAAAUCAUGUGCAACUUAAGUUAUGUUGAAUCUAAAGAGUAUUUCUGCCUCUUCAACUGAUGUUAAAUUACUGGGUCAACUUUGUGUGGUGUGUAUGGUGUGUCCUAAAUCGCAUACUUCCAUACUAAAUACUUAGAUUUUUCAAAUGUAGUAUGCUUAGAAUACUCAAUUUGAAAAAUCUAAGUAUUUAGUAUGGAAGUAUGCAAUCUGGGCACUCACUGGAAAUGACGUGAUUUCUUUCUUCCACUGGCACCACAGCCAUCCGCCGCCAUUCUUACUGAUGAGUGUGGCGAGUUUCUAUAGUCGGAUACUUAAAAUCUUGACCGAUUUGAGUACAUCAUCCGGGUACUUUUACUUACUCAAUUUUCACAUGCUAUCCAUACUUUUUCCCAUUUUGCGUUGAGUAUACUCAAAAUUUUAAGUAUUUAGUAUGAAAGUAUGCAAUUUGGGACACACCACGAGUCUGUUAGCCAAGUUGAUAAACACAAGCACAACACUCAAAAUAAAUAAAUGAAAAUUAAAAACAAGCUGUCAUAGAAGAAAUCAAAAUCUUGAUUGUGGUCUCAGCCUUGACAACUCACUCAAAGCGACUUAAAGUUAGUCCUUGCGUGCAAAUAGCCGUGAAACAACUUUGCUUCACGAUUAAGUGUUUUUUUUAUAGAAAAUCUGCCAUUUGAUAUGUCCAAACAUCCCGACUCACAGCCACGUUAUUAAAGUCUGUAAUAAACAAAACCGUUUGUAAAUCUGUCAAGAUUUCAGCGAGUUAAGAGGAUUUUUGAUCAUGCAGAUUUUACUCACCUCCCGUCAGCUACCAUAGAGCGUACUAGAAUGGUACACUGGAGUAAGAUGGCCGCCGUUAUCUAGCCCUUCUCAUAUAUAUCUAUAUGUGCAGCAGCCAUGGCAACAAUGAUGACGAUUCCACGGGUUUACCUUAUACCUGCGAUAUCAACUGUUAUCAUCAGUGGAGUGUAUUUGGACGCUCUCAGUUGCAAAAAUCUAAAAAUGGACAUCGUCUCAUUUUUUCUCUUUUCUCUCCUCAGUUUGUACGUCCCCCAUACAGGUGCCCUUCCCAGAAAACAACACCAUCGGUAAAGUGGUGACAGAGAUCACUAUCGAGGACGGGGUGAACCUCACUUUUAAAACCCCACAGCCCAACGACCAGUUUAUACUGGAGGGCAACCAGCUGAUAGCUAAUAAAGUCUUUGACUACGAGGUACUGUCAGUGAAAUCGAACAGAGAAAACCAGAUUCUAACCCACGACACCUGACUGAUCACCAUGUUUCUAUUGACAGGUGGAUCCACCAACUUAUACCAUCAAGAUCACCUGCACCAAAGCUGGCGCCGCAGAGGUAAAAUCUUUUGUGCACACUUCAGAUGUCACAGUUAAACCGUUAAGAGAAUAAAGAACUGUAUGUUUGGCAGGUUUCUAAAGUCUUUGUCAAAUGCUCAAGAAUCAUUUUGAAUAUCUUCAGAUUUGACUCUCCAAACUGAACAGACGGUGUAACGGUGGAUUGUGUCUCUUUCUUCCAGAUUGGAAUAGUGAUUGUUGUAAUUUUGGGAAAUUUGAAUGAUAACCCACCACACUUCGCACAGCAGACCUACUCCACCGAUGUCAACGAGGUAUGACUUUUUUCAUCUACAUGCCUCAAACUUCCUGGAAACGAUUGUCACCAUUUAUUCCAAGACAGUGACAGUGUGUGUUUUCCUCAGCUGUCUCCUGUUAACUCAACGGUGCGCAGGUUCGCUGCAACAGACUUGGAUCAGACGACCAUUUACUACAGACUGGUGUCCGGCUCUGCAAGUCCUCAGGUUUGGUUUUUAAUCCCUUUGUGGAUCUGUUGAUUUAAAGCAAACUCUUGUCAAUGGGCUUCAAGCUUAGUUUUGGAACAAAGAGUGUGUUGGGAUGUUGGGAUGUUGGGAUGGGGGGCAUUUCCAGUCUGAAGUCCGAUCUAAUAAUCUGAUAUUGUCCUUCUUGAUUCCUGCAGAAUGCAUUCAGACUAGAGAGUGUUACCAACCCGAAUCUCCUCGUUGUGACGCCUCUUGAAUACGACAAAGUCAAAAAUGUCCAGCUGGUACUGGAAGCUCAGGUUAGCGCUGCUCCCUGCAGGUUCAGAGUUCUGUUUUUUUUCAGACAUUUUCAGACACCUCUGAAAUUUGGAGAGUGUCUCCCUGACGUGUGUUGAAUGAUAACCUGUCUGUGCGGCACUGCAGUGAUCAGGCUGUUUCCAUUUUUAAAGGACACAGAUUUUAGAACACCAGUGACCGGUCCUUCAUACACUGCGACCGCCACCAUUAAUGUCGCCAUUAAGGAUGUGGAUAACAGACCGCCAUGGUUCCAGCCCUGCACCCAGUCUGAGGCGGAAGGAGCUUUGAUCUGUCAGAGCGUGGGCUACACUGGGAGGGUCGUCUUAAACGAACAGCAGGUGACACAUUUACCGUUUUCACACGUCCCUAAAGAUAAACGUGUUGAUUCAGGAGAUGAAUCCUCUAAACUUUGAGCUGUAAACAUCUCUGUGCUCGGCUGCACGGAGCUGCACUGCGCACUCUCAUCCUGAUGUCGCUAAACUUGCUGAAUGGACAGAUAAAGGGUUUGUGCGAGGGUACGAGUACGCAUGAUUGCCUGGAAGUUACAGUGAUGGUAGGUUACGGCUGCAGCUAACUGUCUAAGAGGAAGUGUCAGAAGCUGCCCUUUAUUUAGAGCCGGUUCUGUCUUCUACAGUCUGCUGUCUAUCAUGCCUUUCUCCACACUUCAUGGUCAUCAGCAUGUUCUUCUUCUGUGCAGGAGGGUGCGUUGCCCCUGAAACCAGGACCACUUCACGCCAUCGACGGAGACUCUGGGAUAAAUGAGGAGAUCACGUAUUCCUUCCUGGGCUGUAAGUAUCCUCCAGUUUAAUAAAAACAAAAGGAAUGAACGAAAAUUAACUGGAAUAACUCUGAAAUUAACAAAAUUGAAGGCUGGCCCUCAACAGGGAACUUAAAUAUAGUUGGUGAAAAUAUAUUGUAGCAUAACCCUAGAGGCCACACUUUUGAGCCCACUGACUAUAGAAAGUCAAGUAAGUUUUGAUAAUAUUAUGGGGUAAAUAUAUUUGAUCUAUAAUUGUAUUCAUAUUUAACUUGCAAUAAUCAAUUGAAAAUAGGUGUUAAAUGUAAACUAUUUUUCGUUCCAUUGACCAUUUAAGGGGCGAGCUUAUUAUGGUGCUACCUUCCCACAAAUGUGAUGCUGUUUCUUCUGAGGCCACUUUUAGACGGAAAACGGUCUCCAUAGAAAACGGAAAAAAUUUAGUUUUGUUUAGGGGGGUCCGUUUAGACGGCAAGUGCUUUUCAGGAGAUGAAAACGUAACAAAGUGAAAACCCCCUCCAGAGUGGAAAUGUUGUAAACGCUCUGCUAGUUCCGCUUUCGUCUAAAGUACAAAAACGCUGAAAACAGUCAAACCUGUGACGUCCUGGCUCACAUCAGCUCACGCUUAUGACUUCUAAGAAGUAGAACGGAAGUUGUUCUACGUACGCGUUGUUGGUCUAUAUGGGAGCGCGGUCACACUGACACACGCCACCUAGCGACCUGGCAUGCACAUUACAGCGUUUUCAACCACAUUGCGUUUUUGUGUAAACAGCAUAAAAACUGAAAACGAAACGACACUUUUCCGUUUUCUAUGGAGACCGUUUCCGUCUAAGAGGGGCCAGACUCCUGCGAGACGGUUUUCUGUAACCAAACAAUAAUUUAUACAUCAAUCGUUAAAUAUUUUGGAGACCAUUCCAGUUGUUUAGCCAACUAUAUUUCUGUUCAUGCCAUUAUAUUAGUGUUUUUACAAACUUUUUUGUUAUUUUAUUCUACAGAAAAAUGCCACGUUCGCCGUCUGAUGUGUGUCAUGUGUUUUAUUUGUAUUACAUUUAUGUUUGGAUAUGAUACAGUUUAUCUAAAUUACCCCCAAUUCCCAUAAAUUUUCAUGAAAAGUUUCCAAUUUGGAAUAUUUCCCAAAAUUCCCGAGCCUAACUUCCCAUGAAAAGUUUCUGGAAAUUUACCGGAAAGUUUCCGCCCCUUUGCAACCCGAGACAGGACUGAGUUUUUUUGUUUGUUUUCAACCUGUUUGUGUUUUAGAUACUGGAGAUCUGUUUGCAAUAUCUCCAACCACGGGGAACAUCACCAUGCUGAAGCCCGCCAACGUGUUUGAGACCGUCAGUCUGAGCGUGCUGGUAAAGAUGACACAGAUACAGAUUUGGGUCUACGUUUGGGUCCCGUAGUCAUUUGGGACCAGGUCAGGUCCUGGAAUUUUGUAUUUUCCAAACAACUACUUUGUGUUUUACCUGCAGGCCGCCCAAAAAGUCAACUCUUUCCAGUACGCCACCACCACCGUCAGCAUCAGCGUCCAGCUGAAGAGUCUCCACCUUCCAGAGUUUCAGAAGUCUCAGUACAGUGGCGUCAUCUCUUCAGUGGGGUCCAUGGCGGUGGACUCAACAGGCGAGCCGCUGCAAAUCAUGGCCACGGAUGAGGACUUCGCCACAACUGGGGUAGGACGCUGAUUUCAGACUCUGAUCAUCUCUGACUUCAAUAUUAAAAUUCACACAAGAAUGUUUUGACUCCUGAGAUGUAAAGUAACAGCGAAGGUAAAUAAAAACAUCUGUGCAGCUCUGACCUUCAGUUUCUGCUUCCACAGGGUCUAAACCCUCACAUGACGUACUCAGUAAUCGGCAGCGAUGAUUUCUCGGUCAUUAACGGAUAUUUAUUUAUGACUAAGGAGCUCCCAGACGGCACGCUGUCUCUGCAGGUGAGUCGUGAAUCCAGAGGGUGUGCAGCGAUUUUCUUAUUUUCUCAAAGAUCACUUAACUCUGUCUUCUUAUUUCCAGCUGAAGGCGACUGACUCGACAAACGAUGAAUCAGAUACAGCUCAGCUCUCAGUGGAGGUCAAAUUAAGUAGGUAGACGUCCGUUUUACUCCGUACAUACUUUUUAGAAAUGCAGAAUUUGAUUGAGUGUGGUGUUAGUUCAGGCAGGCCGUCAGGUCCUGAAUCCUUAAAUGUUCCUUCUAUUAAAACCGCUUCAGCCGCCCUACUCUUGCUGCUUCCUCUGCACUCUGCUCCUCUUUUAUGUGCCGUGUCUGAAUUGACCAGUGCGAGCGCUUGUUCUGUGUCCUGGGGGUCUUCGCUGCUGCUCUGCCUGCCCUGGCUGAUCACAAACGAACAUGAAACAGAGGAUAGAGCCACAUAUGACUGUCAAAUAUAACUUAUUACAGAGAUAUGAUGUUAAUUAUCGAGAUCAGGAGAGGUCUUGAUUGAACUGCUAUUCCAGGCUGAAUAUCCCUCUAUGCUUCAGUUUAAUAAUGCUGUUUUUGCUCUUUACAUCCAAGCCUCUGAUUAUGGUGGUUUAUGUUGCAUUUUAACGAAUAAACAUGGACACUCCUGCACAGAUCAGCACACAACUCCAACCAGAUAGUUGGAAAUGCAUUUCAACAGCUGAGUAGAAGAGCUGUCAGCGGAUAUUCUCAAUUCCAAUAUUAAAACAAAAAUAGAUUCAAAAGUGAGAAUUAAUGUUCGAAUUUUAAGAAAAAACUGAGUGGCAAAAAAUUUGAAACAAAAUAAAAUAACAGCGUCUUUUUUGUGAGUGAGCGCACUGUAAUGACGGGUCACAGAAAGGUCACAGGAGCUGCAUCUGCAGUGUUCGGGGCUAAACUCAGAGAGAGUGGUCUGGACUCCAACGAACGUUAGAAGCUCCGUUUGGAAAUUCUUCCGAUUUUGGGCAGACAGGGUAGACGGAAAAAAUUCUGAGAGGGGAAAAGGUUAUAUGCAAACUGUGUAAGCUGGAUAUUUGAAUAUGUUUGAACCUACGGUAUGUGUGAUUUUUAGAAUGAACAUCAUCAUUCUGGAGCAGUUUUGACAGCCCUGCUGAGUGGUCUCCAUGUCGAUAGAUCUGAAUAUACUUCCUCUGCAAAACCUCGAACAAAGCAGCUGAUUUUGUCUCAUUUCUGGUACAAAAAUGUCAUUUUAGGUUCAUGAAGAGCCGCAUUCACCUGACAGGUCCGGAAAAAUGGUUUAUUACAUGUCAGUAAGGCUGUAGUCAAACCCGUGAAAUUCUUGGUCGACUAAAACCCUGAAAUUUUUGACCAAAAGGCGACAAAUCGGGGGGGGGGGGGGGAUUGAUAUACUGAUAUCAGCACAAGACGGCAAUUAACAAAAAUGAUCUUCACCAACCUCGACUUUACGACGACGUCAUAAUCCAAGAUCGCAGUGCAUCAACAGUAGAGAGUUACGGUGAAAGCUCUCGUUAUGUUUUAUUUAUUAGCACUUCUGUUUUGUUUUCGUUCAAUUAAAUAAGUGUUAUAUGUCGUUCUGCUCGACGUCUAACUGUGAACACGGCGCUGUGGUGUUUGUAAGAGUAAAUUACUGUGUUAUGUGUUGUUUACAACUGGUAUAGCUAACAACAAAUAACAACAACUGACAACGGUUAAAAGUAGGCGUCCAUCUUGGUUUUCCGACUUGUUUACUGAAAUGUUGUCAACUCAGGUGUAACAUCCUUACCAGCUAUCAACCGUUCCGGUUGGAGCUCCUGUUGUUUUAGGUUGAAGUUAACUCAGCCCGAGCCUCGUCUCUUUUAGCCUCUCCUAACACACAGAGGGGGAAAUGUUUUAUAUCUGAACAAACUUCAGUGAAUAAAAGUUCUGAGCAGCCGACGAACACAGACAGUCAGGAGUCGGAGAGGCCUCCAUGUUGGGAAAGAGAAUGAAAACCCAAAGUGUGCUCUCCUCCCAGGUCUCACCACCAGUCCCGCCACUCCGUUCACAGAGGAGUCGACCACAGACAGCAAAACCACUGGAGUUACUGAGUCCACCAGUAUGACCACUGAUGGUAGUGUCUCCACCGCCAUCUCCAGCACAGCCGGUGAAAGCACUGUGUCCACCUCUGAUCCCAGUAUGACCAGUGAGGGGGGGGACACCACAGCUAACCCUCCCACAGGUAGCCUGAAAAGAGACUCAGACUCUCUCUCCGGUUGUGCAGGGGUCACCUGCUGGUCUGAUCUAAACCUAAACAAAUCCAUCAUUUUCUGAUCUGCCUCUUCUCCUCGCACAUUUCUUCUUCUUGCUUUUGCUUUAACGUUGAAAUCACUAAAUGUCACCGAGGGACCGAGUCUGCAGAUAAGACAGGUCAGCGUGGAAGUUCACAGACAUGUUUUUCUUCCGGUACCGCAGAAAUCGCACCGUCAGGCGACUACACCUCCACAGACAUGGCGAUCCUCGGUGCCGUCCUGGGCGUCCUUCUGUUUAGCUGUGUGAUCGUCAUCGUGGUCCUCGCUCUUCGCGUCCAGAAGGGGGUGUCAUUCUCGAAGAAGAUCUAUGAGAGCAACAUGUUCAGAAGCACGGUGAGGACGACACGCCUCAGUCACUGAUCCUGGGUUCAUGUUGAAGCCCUGACUUUGAGACCACGAAGUUCUGAGUGUUGUUGGUUUUGUUUUUUUGGUCAGUUGCAGCAUUUUUCUCUGACAUGAUAUUAAUUCAACUUUUAGUAAUUUUCAAAACAGGCUCCACAUCAGGGGAAGACGUCGUCCGUCGUUUUUUAUGAAGUCAAAUUAACGCUAACUUUGUCUCUUCCUCGAUUUGUUUCUCGUCCUCAGUGGGGUAAAGGUCCAGGUGGUCCAAAGGAGACCAUGCAGUACACCAAUGAGGCCUUUGACAACGAUGAAGAUGGAGACAGCCCCGGCUCCAGCGGUCUAGAGGCGGGGCAAAAGAAACCUUCAGAGGGCUUCAUACAGGAAGACGCCAUGAGGAAGACUGCAGCGCCGCCGCAGGACCUUCAUCUUGAUGACACCAGCCUGGACACUGAGACCGACGCCGACGCUGACGUGAAACCCAUCCUCACCAAGGAGAAGCGCACGGAUGACGGAUACAAGUCGGUCUGGUUUAGGGAGGACAUCGACCCGAACGCCAAAGAGGAGGUGGUGAUUAUCCCAGACAACAGCGCCAAUGACAGUGAGGAAGAAGAGGAGGAAGACGAGGAGGACGAGGAGGAGGAGGAGUCCAGCGAGAAAGAGGACAACGAAGACGACAGGAGGGGGUUGAAAACCCCGAGGGUUGUCUUUAACGAGACGGAUCUGGAUAGUGGACUCGGGGUGAAGGUGGAGGACCGAGGAGCGGACUCAGACGAUGAGGAAAAAUUGAGUUAUCAGCUGUGA